AUGGACGAAACUCAGCAGCCUGGGCCUUCUGCAGCGCCUCCGCCCCAGCCCCAGCUCCAGCCGCAGCGACAGUCGUCAGUGCAAGCCUCGGUUCAAGACGACGACCCCGCUGCCAACCGCGUCGUCACUGGUCGUCCCGCCAACGCCUGUAUCCGCUGCCGAUCUCGCAAGACCAAGACCAGCUUGUACUUCAUGUAUCAAAGCCAAGGUGGACUGCGAGUAUCAAGACAAGACCAACGCUUUACCGACAUUACACGUCUCGAGGCGCAAGUCCGAUCCAUGGAGAACGGCGAACCUCCCGCAAAACGCCGCCAGACCAUCCCGGCUCGGAAGGAAGCAGCAGUGUCCAUGUCGCCCGCUUCGGCCCCGUCGGCCCCAUCGAGGACACACGCCUCACCUCGUGAUCGACUCGACACGAACCGGCUCGACAUCCACAGCCAUACCCGUAUCCCCCCUUCCUCAUCCCAGCUCUUCGACCGCCUUCCCUCCGCAGCGGACCUGGACCAGGUCGUCCUCGAAAACAGCGACGAGGACUUUAUCGGUGUGGGGAGUGAUGACGAUCUGGCGAUCAAUGAUCUGCCGUUAAGAGGAGAUAUGGACCUCGCGGUACAUUUCUUCUUGACCCAGAUCAAUACGGCGUUUCCGAUCGUGUAUGAGCCGACGCUACAUCAUCAGGUGUCGCGUCUGUACGAAGGGAGGGGAUCGCAGGGGGACGCCUUCACAGCGUACAGGACAGGGCGUCCGCUAUGGCUCAGCGGGCAAAUGGCGCAGCUGUACUUUCCAGCCGUACUGGGCAAAUCUGGCAUCGCCAAGCUCCAAGCGAUGCAUCUGGUCCUGCAGUAUGUCUUGCGAAAGCCAGAAGCAGGAGAUAUCUGGGAACUCACCGGGAAUGCUGUGCGCACAACCUUCGAUCUAGGCCUACACCUCGAUGCCGAAGGCACCAACAAGCACUUUUAUACCCCUCUCCAGCUAGAUAUGCGGCGUCGGCUCUUCUGGGCCUUACUCAGAACUUACUGCCUCGAUCACAAGAUCGCAGUCGCGCUUGGCCGACCACCCGGGAUCGUUAGCGACUGGAUCAGCACAAGACUGAUCCAGUUCCCCUCGCUCGCUUCUGAUGACGAACUCUCCACUCCCAAUGCCCCACCUCACCACCGCAAAGAAUCCGUCAUCCAUCACAUCCGCCUCCGGAUGCUCCAAGCGGAAAUCUACCAGCGCCUCUUCACCGUCGCCGCUUCGAAAUCUGUCCCGCCGUCCACCGAAUGGCUCACCGGCAUGUCGCAGCGUCUAGACCAAUGGCGCUUUGGCUACUUUUCUCAACCCGACGAGCUCCUCACCCCUCGCUGGCUCGACCUCCACUACAACCUCUCUCAACUCCUCCUCUUCCGCCCCAACCCGGGCAACCCCACGCCGGACCAAGAAUCCCUCAAGCGCGCCCUCGCGGCGUCGAGCUUCCUCAUGCGGACCUACAAGGCGAUGUGGCGGCAAAAGACGGUCAACUUCGUCUGGCUCGCCAUCCAUCAUGUCUUCGUCGCGGGCGUGACGUAUCUGAACGCACUGUGGGUGGCGGCAAAGCACGAAUGGGAGAUUGUACCGUCCUUGAUCGAUGCGGUGUUGGACAUACAGUCCUGCUCGCAGGUACUGGAGGGGAUGACUGAAAGUCAACAUGGGACGGCACGGAUGCGGGACGCGUUCGAGGUGGUCUCUGCCGCGGUCAUACGGCGGCUGUCCAAUAUGCCCAAGCGCAACCCGGACGAGCCUCUCCCAGUCGUCAUGGCCCCUCAGCUGUCGUUCAACAAUGAGAUGCAGCCAUGGAGCUCGUGGCCGAUCGAUCCCUCCCGCCCGCCAAGUCCUACCGUGCAGGGAACGGUGGACACCGACAACUCUCUCGCAGACUUCUUCUUCCACCCGUUUGCGUCAGGGCCGACAUUGGAGAACUUUGUGUUUGAUCUAGGGGCGAGUGAGGGUGGUCCCAGUGGGCAGCAGGACGGGAUCAGUCCGGAUGGGUUGUUCAGGUGGUAG